AAGAUUCUACAGUCUGGUAGACAGUGACUAGAGAUAAAUUUCCCGGCAAUCCCAUAAUCCUUUGUAGAAACCAUUGCGCCAUUUUCAUUGCGGCGGCUUGGUCUCUUUUUAUUUCCCCAAAAUGUCAGACGAAAAACAGGUAAACGAUGAAAAGAUUGGAUCAGAACACAUUAAUUUAAAAGUUACAGGACAAGAUGGCAGUGUGGUCCAUUUUAAAAUUAAAAAGAACACACCUCUACGAAAAUUAAUGUCUGCAUAUUGUAACAGAGCCGGUAUCACAGCUGGAGCAGUGAGAUUUAGAUUUGAUGGAAAUCCAAUGAAUGAUGAUGACACUCCAAUAUCGUUGGAUAUGGAAGACGGAGAUUCGAUAGAUGUAUUUCAGUCACAGACGGGUGGAUCCAAUCACACGAAUCAAUCAUCACCACGAUAAAAUAUAUUUCACGGACUGGGGUGUAAAAUAAUAACUUGUGACGAAAACUAAACGAUAAUUUGGUGCAGAACGUUUCAUGUUUAAUAACUCCUUGUCAUGCUGUUUGUUGUGCACCAUUAUGGGACAAAUUUAAUCAUCUCAUUUUAUUCAGGGCCUGCUCUAUCAUUCACUAAUUAGUCUAAUAUUAAUGAAGCUAAUUUAUAAAGUGGGUUAAUGUCAGCUCAUUUUGCUUGAUUGUAGACUAGUUUUAAAUUAGUUAUUAUUACAUAUUGUAAGGUUGAUUCAGUCAUUUUGUUGAAACCCCUUGACCUUUUAUUGAACUUUCUCAUCAAUAUUUAACAUAUUUGGAAGAGCUCAUUAGUAAGAUGAGGGGGGUAUGUUUGGUUGCCUGUCAAAUUAUUUCAUCUAGAGUUAAGGAGAAAUGUAAGAGCAGGCCCCUGUUUAUCAUAUUUUGUUGUAUAUUAGGAAAUAUUGUCACCAUUCUUAGUUAACUGAACAUUUUAGAGUGGAGGCGAGUUGUAUUGUAUUUUGACCUGAACUCCUCUGUGAAUCAAUUUUGAACUCUUCUACUGAUGUAUUUCCAUUUGGUCAUGCAUUUUUGGAGCAGUUCAUUAUCACAAAUAGGGAUAUUUAUGUCUUCAGUAUACUCUGCUUUCAAUCGUUUUUUUCAUUCAGAGCAAUGCCAAACUUCAAGUAAGUUCAAAAUUUCAAACACACUCCUCGGAUUUUUCGAACUUCUUGAAGCGUGUGCUUUCAUGUCCAGAAAAUUCAUUUAAAAAAAAAAGUGCUAUAUUUUUUCAUUUCAUUUUUCAUCAAAUCACUGUACAAGUGCUAUGGGACUCGAUGAUAUUUAGAGAGAUGUGAACGGAAAUCAGACAAAACUAUUAGUGUACGUCCACGUUAGAUUCUAGACAUACCACUUUAUAUUAUAGUACUAGUAGUAAUGAAUAAAAUAUAGGUCUAAUUAUAGUUAUAACUACUAUUUUUACUAUUACAAAAUAAGGUGGACUGUUUAUGAUAUUGAUUCUGUCCUGAUUUGCAGGAAUGUUUUUGCUAGGCUAUAAAUUGUCAUUACUAGUGCUGGCCCUCGAUGUUCAGUCUUACCAUUCAGUUAAUGUCAUUGCUGUCAUUUGAAAUGUAGAAAUUUACAUGUAAUGUUUUUAUGUUGUGUAUCCAUUAUUUUUCUUUCACCUAUUAAAUCAUGGCAUUUUAAAUAUA